AUGUUGCCGGUUUGUGUACAGGCACACGGAACACAUACAGAAAGCUCUUUUCCCCCAAGACUCGACGAAGAUGACACGUUGAAAAGUGUCGCCCCGUCAAAAGCAGCCAACCACCAGACGAAAUAUUCUAUUUCACCAGCAGACAAACAUGUGAUUGUUGGACAAGUUCACCUGCCAGUGCCAGACACAGCCUCAACUUGCUGCUCCGGUGACAUUUGA